UCAUUUUUCUCACAAACAAAUUUAAGAUUUACUGAUUCCCUCGAUAACUUUACUCUAUUUGCUCGGUAAAUAUUACUUAUCUUAAUCUUUAUUUGUAGAGAAGUUUAAGUAUUGGAUAAUCAGUUGGAUCGGCGCGUGUAGACAAGAUUCUGUUUUUCAGUUUUUGAGAAAUCAUAUUCAGAAACUUUUACAACUUCGUUGAAGUAAGCAAUCAUGGCAAUGGCUGAAACUCAAAUGAAUGAAAAUGAUAUCAGAGAAGAAGCUUUUAAAUUGUGUCGAGAAUUUCUCGGUUCACCUUGGAAUGAAAUUGGAUUGUCUGAUUUUAAGUUUGCAGAAAUGGGUGGUGGGCUAUCAAGUAUCCUCUAUCGCUGUUCACUGGGAAAUAAUGUUAAACUUCAAAACAAGAAGACAGCAAGACAAGUACUCCUUCGCUUUUAUGGUCCAAUGCAAGACGCGGAACACAUCAUUGUCCUAGAAGCUAUCAUUUUCGUGAUUCUUGCUGAAAAAAAUCUUGGACCCAGACUCAUGGGACUGUUCCCGAACGGACGACUUGAGGAAUUCAUACCUUCAAAAAGUUUACAUACAGACGACAUCAGGCCGUUGUCUGCAACCAUAGCCAGAACAAUGGCAAAAAUACAUGCUCUCAAUGUGCCGGUCAGCAAAGUACCAGAUCAAAUUCCAUACCAUAUGAAAAAGUGGUUAAAGGAAGUAGAAAAAGAUACGCGUCGAGUGACAAAGGAAGGUUUUUCCCUUGGAGACAUAUUCCGAAACGAAGUUUCUUGGAUAACAAAAGAAAUGGAAAAAUCGACUUCACCUAUUGUGUUUUGCCAUAACGAUCUCCAAGGAGGAAAUAUUCUUCUGCGGGAAGAUUCUGCAAAUAAAAUGGAACCAAAUCUCAUGUUCAUUGACUUUGAAUUCGGAGCCUAUAACUACAGGUCAUUUGACAUAGCAAAUCACUUCUGUGAAUGGACUUAUGACUAUAAUACACCCGAUCCACCUUAUUUUACUCUCAGUAUCAACAAAUAUCCUUCAAAAGAGGAGAAGAUUGAAUUUAUACGAACCUAUCUUCAUCAACUAGUACAAGAAGAUGUAAUGGAUGUUUCUGAUGUAGAAUCAGAAACAGAAAAAAUUUUGGAUGAACUGGAACUUUUUGGAAUGGCGGCUCAUCUUUAUUGGGCUAUUUGGUGCGAAAAAAUGAAAUUUGAAUCUGAUAAAAGUCCUUUUUAUGCGGAACAUGGUAAAACCAGGCGUACUCUUUAUUGGAAAGCAAAGGAGAACUACAUGAGAAAUACAGCACAACAGAAUGGAAUAAACUCAUCUGACAAGAUGAAUGGCGACUUAUAGACAUCAAAAAGCAUUGAUUAGUCAUAUCAAACGCAUUUUAUGACUUUACCUUACGAACAUUUUUUAAUCAUUUAUUUUGUUAGCACUUUUAAUUUUCUAUGUACAGCUGUUUUUAGAAAUAAUAAAGAAUUAUGUAUUUUUUU